UCUAAAUUCCCCUCUCCAGUUAUAAAUUUUGCCUUUUGGUUAGGUAGAUAAAACUGAAAGUAAAUCAGGUUGAAGAAUUUAGCCUUUUUUAUUUUUCCAAUUUAUUUUUGGGCAAACAUUUUGUUUGGGAUAUAGUAUUUAGAUAAAAUAUGAUUUUCAUAUGUACAUUGGAUCAUUUGGAGAUAUGUGCCCUCAACUCGUGAUUGAGUCCAUAAAAUUAGUCAAAACUCAAAAGACACUUCCUAAAUCUGAUUUCUGUACGUUACUCCUCUCAAACGCAACGUUAUUCUUCUCCUCGGCCUUUCUCAUAGGUAUAGUUUCUGUCAAACAGAUGAAACAUUGUUUUUUUUCUUAUCAGAAAUGGAUGUGGUUUCCCAAUGUCUCCCUAAGAUUUUACAUUCCAACAAGUUUUUGCUCAACUCUCAAGCCAUCUCAACACCAACCAAAUCCGAACGGCAGAUUCAAUUGCCCCCUCGAAUUCUGAAACAAUCGUCGAAAACAACACCACCAGCCAUUCCUACUCCAACUAGCAAACCCAUGUCGACCAACCCAAGUACUAGCAGCCACACAACCUCCGAUAUUUUGCGCUUAAUGGAUAGCCUUUCCCUUCCCAUACCACCUGAUAUAUAUGCUUCCCUGAUCAAAGAAUGUACCAUCACCCGCCACUCCCGGAGGGCUCUCGAGUUACAUGCACACAUCAAAAAGAGCCGUAUCAAGCUCUCCUUACCUUUGCUUAACCGCCUCCUUCUCAUGCAUGUCUCAUGCGGUCACCUGGAACUUGCCCGUCAGUUGUUCGAUCAGAUGUUUCUUAGAGACUUCAACUCUUGGGCAAUCAUGAUUGUUGCAUGUCUCCACGCUGGUGACUCUGAACAGGCUAUUACUUAUUUCGUGCUUAUGGAACAGCGCAAUCUUAUCUUCAAAUUUCCUGCCUGGAUCAUCGUAUGUCUUCUCAAGUCAUGUGUUUUGACAAAUAAUAUGGAAUUAGGAAAGCAACUGCAUGGGCAGUUACUCAUGUUGUGUUUUAGCAAUGAUUUGUCUCUAUCUGGGUCCUUAAUCAACUUUUAUGGAAACUUCAGUUGCCUAGAUGAUGCCAACUAUGUAUUUAAUCAAUUGUCACGACGUAAUACUGUGACUUGGACAUCAAAAAUCGUAAAUAGCUGUAGGGAGGAUCAAUUCAGUAAGGUUAUUGAUGAUUUUAUUGAGAUGGGCAGACAGGGUAUUAAGAAAAAUAGCUUUACUUUUUCAAGUGUUUUAAAGGCAUGUGCUGGGAUGAAUGAUGACGGUAUGUCCGGUCGGCAGGUUCAUGCCAAUGCUAUCAAGCUUGGUUUAGAAUCAGAUGUUUUCAUACAAUGCGGAUUGAUCAACAUGUAUGGUAAAUGCAGAUUGGUGAAAGAUGCUGAAAAGGCAUUUGAGAUUGUUGGUGAUAAAAGAAACAUAGCAUGUUGGAAUGCCAUGCUUCUGGGCUAUGUACAUAAUGAGUUCUGUAUUCAGGCCAUUAAACUUCUGUAUCGAAUGAAAGAAGCUGGAAUCAAGGUUCAAGAAUCAUUGAUCAAUGAUGUAAGGAUUGCUUGUGCUAGUACAAAACUAGAAAUAUGACAGAGAUAGCUGAAUCACGAACUUGUAAAUCAUAUAUUUAUUGUCAAGUGAUGUUGUCUCACAUCUUUUAAGUUUAGGAUUACAUGUGAUCUUAUAUUCAAUUUGGGUCUCACCACCUAUUACAAUUGAUUUUAAAUUUGAUGCUUAAAAUGAUAUUAGAAUCAGGUUCUCUUAUGUUCUUUCUGCUUUGUAUCUCUUCUGAACACUUGAUAGUUAUGCUCAUAUGUGGUGGGUACAUGCGUUUAUAUCUUUCUGAGUUUGUUACAUGGUAGCUGCGCCUACGAGUGACUUCACUUUGGUUAAAUCUUGAAAUGUCUGCGAUCGUAUAUUGAAAUUGGAUUUUUUCAUUUAUUGCCAAUCGAUUUUUUGUCUAAUGUUUAACAUUGCUAUACUUUCAACUCUUGUAUGUCAUUGUAUAUAUGCUUUGUAUCAACGCCACAAAUUGCAGAUUAUUAUUUAUGAACUUUAACACGAAGCCAGCUACUUAUUAUAUUUGGGCAUUGCCGAUGGGUGAGCAUGUUUUUUCCAAAUUAAUGUUGCAAGAACAUUAAAACUUAAGGUUAAAAGAGCAGUGGUUGAUCUCCCAUAUACUGUCACAAAUGAGCUGCUGAAAUGUGAAAUUGAGGAGGAA